AUGGAGGGCGCCGAGCUGGCCGUGCAGGUGCUGGGCACCUGGCUGGCGCUGGUGCUGAGCCUCAUUCUCCUGCCCUCGGCGUUCGGCGUGUCUCUGGGCAUCUCCGAGACGUACAUCAAGAUCCUGGUGAAGACCCUGGAGUGGGCCACAUUAAGGAUUCAGAAAGAAUCUCCAAAGGAAUCAGUACUUAAAAUGUCAGCUUCUAGUGGUAUUAUCCAGAGAGAUGAGUCGCCUAUGGAGAAAGGGAUGUCUGGACAUCGAGGGAGGGACUUUGAGCUGUCUGAUGUGUUCUAUUUCUUCAAGAAGGGUUUUGAAGCCAUCGUAGAAGAUGAAGUGACUCAGAGAUUCUCCUCAGAGGAGUUAGUGUCUUGGAAUCUCCUCACAAGAACAAAUAUUAACUUCCAGUAUAUCAGCCUCCGGUUAACCAUGGUGUGGGUGCUGGGAGUCAUCGUACGUUACUGUUUCCUUCUUCCUCUUCGCAUUACUUUGGCUUUUUUUGGGAUUAGUUUGCUGGUAAUAGGAACUACUGCGGUUGGGCAGCUCCCAAAUAGCAGUAUAAAGAACUGGCUGAGUGAACUGGUCCACCUGACUUGCUGCAGGAUCUGUGUUAGAUCCCUUUCUGGUACUAUUCAUUACCAUAACAAGCAGUACCGACCACAGAAAGGAGGCAUUUGUGUUGCCAACCAUACCUCCCCAAUAGAUGUUCUGAUCUUGACGACUGAUGGAUGCUAUGCCAUGGUUGGUCAGGUUCACGGUGGACUGAUGGGAGUCAUUCAAAGGGCCAUGGUUAAGGCUUGUCCACACGUGUGGUUUGAACGUUCAGAAAUGAAGGACCGACAUCUGGUGACCGAAAGACUGAGGGAACACAUUGCUGAUAAGAAGAAAUUGCCCAUUUUAAUUUUUCCUGAAGGAACUUGUAUAAACAACACCUCAGUCAUGAUGUUUAAAAAGGGAAGUUUUGAAAUAGGAGGAACUAUAUAUCCAGUUGCAAUAAAGUAUAACCCUCAGUUUGGUGAUGCUUUUUGGAACAGUAGUAAAUACAGCAUGGUGAGCUACUUGCUUCGAGUAAUGACCAGCUGGGCUAUAGUCUGUGAUGUGUGGUACCUGCCUCCAAUGACCAGAGAGGCAAAUGAAGAUGCAGUACAGUUUGCAAAUAGGGUUAAGUCUGCUAUUGCCGUGCAAGGAGGAUUGACUGAGCUUCCUUGGGACGGAGGUCUGAAGAGAGCCAAAGUCAAAGACACUUUCAAGAAGGAGCAGCAGAAGAACUAUAGCAAGAUGAUAGUUGGAAAUGGGUCUAUAAACACAGAAUCUGAUUGAGUACAAAAACGAAAGCAGCCGUUUUUCUGUGCCGGCAGCAGAACACGGAAAUGGAUUUUUCGUCGUGACUUCAUUCCACUGAAUUAUAUGAUAGUUUAUGGAAUGAAAUAGAUUCCACCAUUUUAAAAUGAAAAGGAUUAAAAUGGUACUCCCUUGAAUAAUUAAUAUUGGACUGAAAUGCUUAUGUAGUAAAUCUUGAAAAGGACGCUUUCUAAGGUUUCUUGGAGCUCCUUGUUUAUAAUAAUUCCAGAAGGAUAGCCCGACUUCACUUUCUGAUUAGCUUUGCUUUUUCUCCAUCCCUGCCAUCCUCAGAAAACAAAAAAACAAAAAUAAAAAUACUCAAUAGGUACAGUUCCUCUGGUGUCCUGGCAAACGUGAAUUCUGUCACCCAAAAUUUGAAGAUGGGGUGUUUGGGGGGUUUUUAGGAAACAAGCUUUGACUCUACGAUGCCAUGAAAGUACCUAUUUUGGGUUAGAAGUAGAAACAUUAUUUGUGGACCUCCACUCAUCAGAUGUGUCCAACGUGGAAAAGUGAAUUGAAUCUAAGAGUUCGUAUCGAAAUAAAGCACCUUACCAGUAAUCUGCUACUUUCUUUCAUACCUAUAGCUCUGCCUCUUAGUAUUCUCAGCUGUUCUUUUGUCUGCCUCUAGUUUGACAUAGUUUGUUUUCAUAGGCAAACCUUCACAUGCUAGAAUCAGGAAAAUGAAGUCGCAUUGCAUAUCUUUAAUAGAAGCAUGAAUGUAGAACAAUGUGGCACUAUGCCAUUGGGGUGGGUAUAUUUUUACUGCCCUUACAGGUUAAGAAAAAUAAUAAAAUAACUUUGAAAAACUGAGCCUUAAAAAAGAGUGAAAGGGAAAAUAAAUAUUUCCCAACUCACACAGCAUAAGCAAUGUUUGUUAGCAACAUGAUGCAAUUCUUAAACACAAUGAAAAGUAUUAUCUAUUAUUUUCUGAUGUAAAGAAUGUUAAAACUGUCUUAUUGUA